AUGCGCGAUGACACUGGCCCGAGACUUGUGCAGCCCACAAUUCCCGCAACUGCUAAUUCUGAGCUUAAGGGUCAUAUCCUAGCUUUACUUAAAGAGAUCCCUUUCACUGGCAAAGAUCACGAAGACGCCUACAAGCACUUAGAUGAAGUUAAUGAUGUAGGUGAUUACUUCAAUGUUCCCAACGUGCCUCGGGAAACUCAACUACUUCGCAUGCUUCUGGUUACCUUGAAGGGUGCUGGAAAGGAUUGGCUCAAGUCACUACCCCCCGGAACCAUCACUACAUGGGCUCAGCUGAAAGAAGAGUUCAUUGAUCAAUUCUGCCCACCAUCCAAGAUAUCUAAGCUCAAGAAAGCCAUAGCCAACUUUGAACAACAAGCUGGAGAGUCACUAUAUGAAGCUUGGGAGAGGUACAAGAGCUUGUUAAGGAAUUGCCCACACCACGACCUCAAUAAUCAGCAAGAAGUCUCCAUCUUUUAUGAUGGAGUAAAUAUUACAACAAGGCAAUUACUUGACUCGCAAGGUCCACUUACGAAGAAGGCACCUCCAGUGAUAAAGCAGCUAAUUGAAGAAUUCUCUAAGCAUUCUAGAGAAUACCAUAAUCCAAGAAAUGAUGUAACAAGGGGGUCCGCCUAUGCAGCUUCAGAAGACUUAUCAGCAGUGAUGGCCAUGUUGAAAAACAUGGAUAGGAGGAUGCACAAAAUGGAUCAAGCGAUACAUGCUAUACGGGUGGGGUGUGAAAACUACAAUGGGCCUCAUCUUACUAGAGACUGCGACUUGGAUGAAAAUGGCAACAAGAAGGUGCAAGUAUGUUACUCAAGUGGGGACCGAUAUGAUGAAGAUUGGCGAAAACCAAAGAAAGAGUGGCUCCCUUAUGAAGAGUACAAGAAGGCUAAGGAGGAGAAGUAUAGGCAGAAAGGAAGAGGUUUUUAUCAAAAGGAGGAUCUGACACAAGAAAGAAAACCAAGUUUGGAAGAAAUGCUUACCAAAUUUGUAGCUGCUUCAGAAAAGAGACAUAGUGAUCAUGAUGGUGCAAUUCAAGAAACAAGGACCAUGCUUAGAAACCAGCAAGCAUCUAUCCACAACAUAGAAACGCAGCUAGGGCAACUUGCUCAACAAAUCAACCAAAGAUCACUGGGCGAACUUCCUAGUAAAACCGAAAAUAACCCAGGAGGCGCGCACAUAAACAUACUCACAACAAGAAGUGGGAAGAUAAUCACUCCUCUAGCCCCUAUUCAGAAUGAAGCACCCAAAGAAUUGCAGAAGGAGGAUGCAGAAACUCAAGACCAAAAUCAAAAUCUUCAAUCUGCAGAGCCUACUCGCCGAGUCCAGAAUAUGGACUCGACGAGUCCACUGCCAAACCUGAAAGAGCAGAUUCCUAAAAAGCCCUUUCAGCCUCCAUUGCCAUAUCUAGCCCGAGUUAAGAGAGAAAAGUAG